AUGCGCGAACCGUUCGUCAAACCCACCGCCACUUUCUCGUCUUCUCCAUUCCUCAUUUCUGCGCCCGGAAGAUUUGUCCUCCUUGCCUCCGGUCCAGAGCCUCUCGGACCGCCGAGGAGUCUGCCGCGGUGUUCGCCUCUCUCGCGUCUCGUCGUCGAGAUGGUCAGCUGCGACGCGGGUGAAGCGACGAAGGUCCCACGUCGAAAAGAGAGAUAUGUGAUCAAAGGGGGCAUGGAAUUGAUUUGGAUCCCGGUGAGACUGCUGUGCUUCCUUGCCCUCGUCGUCGCCCUGGGAAUGGCUUCUCAGUACGUGAAUCCCACCUCAGGUGAGUCCGCAUUUCAGAGGGUAUCGGCCGGGUUCAGAAGGAGCUUUUCA